AUGAUAAUUCUAAGUCUGAAUUCGAGGGGGAUUGGCAGCCGCAUUAAACAAAACACUGUCAAUGGCUUGAUCUGGAAACACAAAGUAGAUUUGGUAUGCAUUCAGGAAACAAAACUUCAGGAGUUAGAUGUUGGUACAUGUAGAAGAAUUUGGGGGGAUCCUGAAUUUGAAUGGGAAUGGUCUCCGGCUGAUAACAGAAGUGGUGGGUUAUUAUGUCUUUGGAAGAAGGAUAACUUGCAGAUCGUGGAGAGAGUGGUGGAACACAAUUUUAUCUUCCUUUGUGGGAGAAAAUCUGGUUGUAAUGAUGUGUUUGCAAUUCUUAAUAUAUAUGCCCCAUGUGACAGGGAAGGCAAGCAAGCAUUGUGGGAACGACUUGUAGUUCUAAAAGAGAGCAAAAAUUUAACUCUCUGGUGUGCUAUAGGGGAUUUCAAUGCAGUGCUUUCCCCUAGUGAAAGAAGAGGUAUAUCAGGGGGCUCUCAUACACAAAGAGGUGAAACUGAUGAUUUUAAUCAAUUUAUUGAUAAGAUGGAGCUCCAUGACUUACCACUGGUGGGGAAGAAAUUUACGUGGAUUCGACCAAACGGUCAGCAGAUGAGUCGAUUAGAUAGAGCUCUGGUUUCUCAUGAGUGGUUGGACUAUUUCCCAGGCUUAGUGCAGGAAGUACUCCACAGGGACGUCUCUGAUCAUAGCCCUAUUUUGCUUAGGGCCUCUACGGUGGAUUGGGGGCCGAAGCCUUUCAGGGUUAUGAAUUGCUGGUUUGAUGACGUCAGGUUCAAACCUUUUGUCCGAGAUACUCGACAGAAAUUACAAGUUGAGGGGUGGGCAGCCUAUGUCUUGAAGGAGAAACUGAAAAUUCUGAAAGGCGAAUUGAAAACUUGGAACAGAGAUGUGUUUGAGGAUUUGAACAGAAAGAAAAAAGAGGUGAUUGAAAAAAUAAACGAGCUGGAAAAGAAAGCAGAAGAAACUGAUUUGCAGCUGGAGGAAUUAGACCAGAGGAAACUUCUUGAAGUGGAAUUUUGGCAGAAUGCUAGAAGACUUGAAUCACUAUUUCAUAAAAAAGCAAGGAUAUCUUGGGUGAAGUUUGGGGAUGCAAAUACGAGUUUUUUCCACUCGCUAGUUAAUUUCAGAAGACGAAUGAAUGCGGUGGCUGGUCUAAAUGUGAAUGGGGUAUGGUGUGAGGAACCGCAAACAGUGAAGGCUGGUGUUAAGGAAUUCUUUGCUCAAAAAUACAGAAGGACAACUCUUGCUACUCCUUCCCUCGAUGGAGUUCCCUUCAAAGCACUCCCAGUUCAGAUUUCUCAGUCCUUGGAAUCUCCUUUUGCUAUGGAUGAAUUGAAGGAAGCUGUAUGGAGUUGUGCAAAUGACAAGAGCCCUGGCCCGGACGUUUGA